CUCUCUCUCUUGUAUCAGAGGCAGCUCUAACUUUCGCCCUAGAAUCUGAUCUUCAAAUCUUUUCCUCGAGCUUCAGUCAUGGCGCCUACUGAAGAAGCUACAGUAGCUGUCGAAUUAGUUUCUGAUCCUCCCGCCAUAGAGCCGGUCGAAGAGAAACCGGAAGCAAAGGCAACAAAGGCAAAAAAGGCUGCAACUAAGAAAGAAGUUAAAGCUAAGAAGCCUGCCGGUACGAAGAAACCCCGGGCUGCUUCUGCACAUCCUCCAUACAUCGAGAUGAUCCAAGUGGCGAUCGUGUCUCUGAAAGAGAGAACUGGUUCGAGUCAGUAUGCAAUUACGAAGUUCAUCGAGGAUAAGCAGAAGGCGAACCUUCCUCCUAAUUUUAAGAAGCUUCUUCUUGUCCAACUGAAGAAGCUCGUUGCAGCAGGAAAGCUCGUGAAGGUUAAAAACUCGUUCAAGCUGCCAGCAGCGCCUAAGCCAGCAGCUACUACUCCCGCUCCCAAGAAAGCUGUUGCUUCGAAGCCUAAAGCUCCGGCUAAGUCGAAGCCUGCAGCCAAGCCUAAGGCCGUUCCUGCUAAGCCUAAGGCGAAGAUUAAACCUGCUGCUAAACCGAAAUCUGCUGCCCCAGCCAAGCCGAAGGCUGCUGCGAAGCCGAAACCUGUGGCUAAGCCAAAAGCCGCUGCCAGGCCUAAACCAAAGGCUAAGCCAGCGCUCAAGGUUGCGAGAACUUCGACUAGGUCUUCUCCAGGUGCGAAGAAACCGGCGGCUUCGAAGCCAGUUGCUGCGGCAGCUAAGAAAGCACCGGCGAGGAGUGUGAAGAAGCCAAAGAGUGUUAAAUCGCCGGCGAGGAAAGCCCCUGCUAGGAAGGCGAAGAACUGAAGGGAUGGUUUGGAUUUUUAUGCGGGUUAGUUCUGUAAAUUUAAGUGGAGUUGGGCGUGUUAGAUUGUAAUAUGCC